GGAAUUUGGGAACUAUCCUGCUGCGUGUUAUCUGCACUUGCGCCUUCAAUAGUGGCAACAGCUCUCUCCAGACCCGGUAACACCGGCCAUUGAUAGAGAUAUCAAUGAUAAUCGACCAGUCAACAUGUGGACCUUCCUAGUGCAGUUCUUCUCCACUGUGCUGCAGUUCCGCCUGUCAAUGACCAAGCCCGGCGAGACAAUAGUAGCCUAUGAUCUGACAUCAACCGCUUUACCAUGCUAUGUAAUGGAAUAUGCACCGCUCGUCUGGCUAUAUAGCAAGGAAACAUACAUGCCUUCAGAUAUCGGGCAGCAGCUGGUACAUACGACACCAAUGGUAAAUUAUACUGCAAUCAAAGGAGCACCAUCACCGUUAACACUCAACAACCUCGCGGGGCUCAACAAAUUGGGAAAUACCAGCGUUUACUUGACCUCAAUAGAGGGCAUUGAUGCUACUCCAGAGCCAGCAUGGUUCCGUGGUGUGAAGCCAGAUAGGAAUGGAAAGACAAAAGGAGCUGUCUCAUCGACAAUCAUCACCCGUGAUCAUGGAAAUGGGACAGUGGAUGCUUUCUACUUCUACUUCUAUGCGUACAAUAUGGGAAACACAGUAUUGGGAAUGCAGUUUGGAGACCACGUCGGUGACUGGGAGCACAACAUGAUCCGCUUUGAUAACGGAGUCCCGCAAGCACUCUGGUACAGCCAGCACGCCGGAGGUGAAGCCUUUACCUACGAUGCAACUGAGAAGCAGGGCAAAAGGCCGAUCGCAUACUCCGCUAAUGGAUCUCAUGCUGUAUACGCAGUACCUGGCACCCAUGACCACGCCAUCCCGCAUCUCAACCUCCCCUUCGGAUUUGUUAUGGACUACACAGACAAAGGCACACUAUGGGAUCCCAUCGCAAAUGCAUACGCAUAUAGCUUCGACGCAGCCAGCCAGACAUUCCAGCCCUACGACCGCAGAUAUCCAGUCAACUGGCUAGAGUACAAUGGGCAGUGGGGAGACGACGCAUUGCCGGGGGCACCGGAGCUCUUUGGACAAGCGAAAUACAGUGCGGGCCCGAACGGGCCUAAAUUCAAACACCUUGUCAGGUCGACUGUCUGUCCGGAUAGUCCUUGUGUCGUGCUGCCUUUUCGUAUUUGGGAUGAUGAGGAUGGUGAGAUGUAGGGAGGGUGGUAGUGUUUUUCUUUUCGUCUAUACGAUUUAUUGGUUGCUUACAGGGUAGAAUGGCAUAACCGUUGAGGACUGUUGAAGACGGGGGACCCAGAAAUUGACGAUCAGAGGAGAGCGAGAGAGAGGGGAGUGGAUAUAUGUGGAGAUCGGGAUACAGGACGGAGUAAGACAGGGUAUACACUACUGUAUAGGAUUGUGGAUAGAUUGUUGUGUGUGUGUGUGUGUGUGUGUGUUUUCAAGUCAACCUCUGGGGGUACUGAUCAUCUGAUGUUUCUAUUACGACUGCAUUUUGCUGCAUUCAGUCCAGUUCCACAUUCCCACUGCAAGGCAAGAGGGAGGAGUACUGACUACAUAGAGCGCAAAUUUGGGACUCAAGUCAACUAGUCUGUAUUACAGAAGCUUAUGGUAGAAUGGUCUAGGAAUGUUUCCCAUCAGGUACUGUGCGCCUAUGCUUACUUUCU